AUUCGACUUUUAAUCCUGAUUUUUUUCCUGAUAUGUUUUUCUAGUGCUGGGAGUCUGCAGUUGGGCAAGAAAUGUAUAAACUGUUGAUAUUUGAUUUCGUGAUAAUAAUUGCUGUGACCCUGUUUGUGGGCUUUCCUAGGAAGAUGCUAGUUACUUACUGCUCUUGGAAGCCAGUUCAGUGGUUGGGUUUGCAGGAAUUUGGAAUUUCUGACAAUGUCCUGGAUAUCAUUUAUGGACAGACUAUCUGCUGGAUUGGAACCUUCUUUUCACCACUUCUUCCUGCAAUAGCAACUAUAAAAUACUUCAUCAUCUUUUACAUUAAAAAGAUCAGUUUGAUACACACAUGUAAACCUGCAAGUAGGCCUAUCAGAGCAUCAAGUUCCAAUUUUUUCUUCUUGGUGGUGCUGUUGAUUGGGCUCAUCUUAGCUUUCAUUCCUUUGGGAGUCAGCAUAGCACAUAUCUCUUCUUCUAAGGCAUGUGGGCCAUUCAGGAAUUUUAACACUUCAUGGGCUGUUGUUCCAGAUACAAUACUUGGGUUUCCAAUAGGUCUGCAGAAAUUCCUUUUUGGCAUAGCAUCAGAAGCUUUUGCAGUGCCUUUUUUUCUGGUUGCCUGCCUCCUUAUGUUCUAUUUGAUUGCCUUGGCUGGAGCGCACAAAAGAGUGGUUGAGCAGCUAAGGGAACAACUGGUUAUGGAGAGUCGUGACAAGUUGUUCCUAAUUGCAAAACUAACAGAAGCUCAGAAAAAUUCCACAAAAAUCCAGAAGUUGACUUUUGAUGCUCCUGGAACCACUAGAUAAGGGUAGAUGAUCUGCAGCAUGUAAAAACAGAGCAGCUGACCAGUUCUGUGAUCUGUGUAGUGGAUGCUUAACAUUCUUGUUAGUGUUGAUUAUGCUAGUGGGCCUUAGAGUUUCCAAGACUGGAAGUUUAGCUUAUUUGUACCAUAUUAGACCUGUUUAAAACAUUGUGUUGCAGGGCACUUUAUUGCUGCUACCAUUUCAAAGCUGUUAGGGUUUGUGAUAAGUUCCUGGUUUGUUUGUAUUUUGGAGUUUUGUGCAAAAUGUGAUCAGAACUGAAACUAUUUAAAAACUCUGUACUGUUUUUAUAAAUUAUACUUGUAAGAAUUGGGGUGGGGUGAGUGGGUGGGGUGGUUUUACGUUUUCCCACUCAGAUCUCUUUUAAAACGAAAGCAAAACAGACUCAUGUCAGUAUUUUGAAAUAGCACAGUUGAACACUAGAUGAAGAAAAUAAGCAGGAGGAGGACCCAGCUGCAGUCCCUGCUCUGUGGUACCCAGCUCAUUGGUGUGCAGGAGCCUCUUUUAAAUGAGCAAGACUUUACUGCAUGCAUUUCAGUUUUGAACAAGUGUCUUGAAUACUGCUCUGUGUUCUAAAAUGUGAAUAUUUGGGAGUUAUUUAUAGUUCAGAAAUGCAGCAUUCAGAAACUCAGAUGCCACUAUCCUUUAAAUGCUUGUUUAAAUGGACAAAUGUAGCUGUGUGACUCAGAACAAUGUUUCCAUGUAGCCUACAAGCUUUUCCCUUUAUUUAAAGGCUGUUUUUCUCCAGAUUGCUGUGUAAAGAAUUGUGUACGUUACUUGAAAUUCCUGGUAGUACACUGGCAUUUAACGUAAGAUACUUUUUUUAUGAUGUUUUGUAAUGUUUUCUGUCCUCAACUGUAAAGAAAUUAACAUGCAAUAAAUCAAUUUUUAAAAUCUA